UGCCCACGCCGCUCAAAUACAGCGCCUCAGACGCGCGCUUGAUGCAUUGGGUUCAGAGCGUACAGUGAGGUAAGCAGAGUCUGCUUGCGCACGCCGAGGAGAGCAUGCGAUUGUCUCGAGACUCGAACCAUAUCCACUCCCGACAUUGAGAAACAGCGCGUUCGGUUCAGUGUAUCGUAAAGCGCCGUUUCAGAUUUAGGAGAGAAAAGUUUUAGGUGACAAAAGCCACGACGGUUUGGACGUCUACUUUCCAUUCAGUUGUUUGUGGAGGACGCAUGAUUUACCUGUGCCGGACCAUAAGUGAAGAUUGCAUGAAAGAUCUCAAGGAUAUACUUAGUUGUGCCACACUGGGAGGCUUACUGGAUAAGCAGGAGAACUAUCCCUGUGGCUCCAAAAAACUGUCUCCGCUUCGAUCUUCUCCCACGAUGGCCCUGGCCUCCUUCCAUCUGAUGCAAACACUAAAGAACUCUCCGGCGGCUUUCCGUCGACGAUUCCGUCGCGACCGAACGGAGAGCCUGUCUCACGGCGAUCCCCUCUUCAAGGUACACUACCUCGGCACCAAGAAAAUCUUCUCCCUGGACUUGGAGCAGGCGGAGGAUGCCAUCGAUCGACUCCUGGAUGGAGUCCCUGGGAAGCUUUCUAAAGAUCACGCCCUAGUAGUGCGCCCCCGAUACAUCGAGGUGAAAGAACUGAGCACCGGAAGGCAGCUCACCAAGACCUACUUGCAUGAUAUCGCGUACUGCGCCUCGCACACGGCCAGACCCAAUGUGUUUCUGUACAUCUGCAGGCAGCCCGGUCAGCAGCUGCAAUGCAGAGUGUUCUGGUGCAGUCGGGCAGAAAGGGCGAAGGACAUGACCGCCUGCUUGGCGAUGUCGUUUCAGAGAGCACUAAAUGACUUGCAGGGUGGAUGCGCCACGUUACCGCCAGGGGAAGGGAUCACUAAAGAGCCAGAGAUUUCUGGUACGCCCCCUGCACCCAAAGGCUCAACAUUGCCAGUUAGUUUGGGAAAAGUCCGUUGGAAGAAGAGGGGGUCAGUGUCACGCAGUCCUCUCCGUGCUAUUUCCAGAAGUGGUUCUGACAGUGACAAUUGGAAUUAAUGGGCCCCGUCCCACCCACCUUGACCGCAUUCAUUUUGUGAUGCUUGGGAUUUUGCAGAAAGGAAUGUGAGGAAAAGGACAACCACACCUACAACUGGUGGAACUUUUGAGCUUUGAUGGAGUUUGCAACUCAAGUUCAGAGUCCGUAUUCUAAACCACCACUGCAUUUGAGUUUACGGAUUUACCAAAGUGAUAAAAUGUAGGUUUCCAGAGGUUUUUUUUUUUUAUGGUUUAGGAAAAUGAUGGGUUCAAUCAUGCUGGUUUAAAUUUAAUCUCAGUUUGCUUAGGGACUAUGAGACAACCAAAACCGCUAACCUGAGGUGAACCGAUAUCUAGUUUUAAAAUCAUGUAUGUAUCACAGAGUUGAGUUUUUGUGUGUACACUACAUGUCUGGGUAGUUUGUUAAUGUGACUGAUGAGCAGUCAGACAGGCGUUGUUUGUAUUCAAGGUGUCAAGUGAGGAUCUGUGUGGGAAGUGGGUGGAUGCUUGAUGGUAAACAGUAGCACAACCAGGACAUAAAAGUAAGAGCUUUGGAAAAGUGUUUCUAUUCCAGAUGCACAAAGGAAGCAAUGCUUUUUAAAUACAAUCAGUUUUAUUCUAAACUACUGUAUGCUUUCACAUGCUUUUUUUUUUAAUACAUGGCCAAAGCCUUGCCAAAUGCAUUAUUACCAAUGAUUGAAUUAUUAUAACACCAUCAAUGUGACCAUCAUUCAUGGUGUAUUAUGUAUUGCAUAAUUGUAUACUGGCUUGACAAUCGGGACUGUAUGUAAUUUGGUGCUUUGAUACUGAGAUUCUUGUUUCUGGUUGUCUGUCAUAGCCAUAUCCGUCUUAGCCUGGUUCUACCUCAGUUUGCCAUUUUUAUUCCGUUUUUAAUAAUUCCAAACAGAUAAUGAAGAUCAGCGGUAUUGCUGUGUGCUCUUAAAAUGAGAAUUUGUUUCCGUGCACCUGCAUUCCAGAAGUUUUUGAGGGCAUAAUAGCUCAUGCACCCCCAUCCAUUUUUUAUGUAUAUGUAGCUUUUACGACAUCAGCCCGUUUUCCUUGGAGAAGAAAAAAGCCCAAUAAGUCACUGUCUCCAGGCAACAUCUUAUGACAUCAGAAUACUGUUUCAAAGGUAUGCUUGCACAGAGAGUCAUGUCCUUGAAAAAGCAGCAUCUUUGCACUACAGUUACAUAAAGUUAUAAAUCGCAAGGAAGCAUUUUUAAGUGGCCUGGAUGCAUAAACCAAGUAUUUUAAAGGAGGGCACCAUGCUUCACAUGACUGGGACAACACACAUUACCUAGUACAAAAGAUUGUCCAGCACCAUAAGUUGCUAUUUCCCUAAAACUGUUACAUGUGCUCACUAAGAAUCACAUCAUAUAUCACAAUAGUAUUCAGUCGGUGCCUCAUGGUAUUAGAAAUUCUGCCUCUUGUUAGGCCAGUUACAUCAAAGGGAUUUCUUUUUUCUUUUUAUCCUUAUGGAUUUUAUUUAAAGUCGUAUUAAACCGUAUCUCGCAUUACAACGACCUCAGAUCUGUUGUUGGAUCUGUUCUGUCUGCUUUAUGAGGUGUUUUAAUGUUCUAUGAAUGUUCUUGUACCUUAUUUUUAACCUACUUUUGUGUAGACGCUUAAAUAUUAAAUGUAUUUUAUGGAAUAUUAAACUUUUUAUAUGUAAAACA